ACGAAAUCGUUCAAAACGGUACAAACCUUUUCAAAAAAAAAAGUCAUAAAUCAAGUAAUUAUUAUAUUUUCAAGUUUAUUCCCCGUAACAUUCCUUCUAUUUAUACGGAAUGGCAUAUUUUUCAAGAUUUUUUGUGCUUUUGUUGAUACUCUGGCCAGAAAUUAAAAUAUUAGCAGCUUUACGAACCCAUCAAGAGAUGCCAUUGCCUGUAUUGAAAGUCGACGAUCUGUCAACGGAAAAAGAUAAAAAUGAUUUUCCUUAUAAUUCCUUGCUCGUUCGUGGUUUUUACGAAUGGGGAGGUGGUGAGACUGAUGAUAAACCUAGAAUGAUGAGAAGAAAGGGGGAUUACGACGUAAGUGACAAGAGAAACGAAACAGGAAGGAAAGUCGACGACCCACCAGCGAUAAAGAAUCAAGUCGACUUUUCUUCUCUUUCUCUCCUGCACGUUGGCAAUUUCUUCGAAUGGGGAGGUGGCAAUAACAAUGAUAAACCUGGAAUAACGGAUAGAGAAGAUGAUGAUGGUGGCAAUGGCCACAGAGAAGAAUGGACGCAAAAAGUCGACUCUGAAGAUGACUUACUCGGUGAAAGCAACUCUGGCUACAACGGUGAGAAUAACCAUCCAACCUGGCAAGAAGACUCCGAAAUAGACAGAAAAAAUGAAAUAGACAGACACAGUAAAGGAAACAAGCACACAAAUAAACAAAAGGAAGAGAUAGAUAAGAUAAAACUCGAUAUAUUAGGCAUUUUAUUAGCUAUUUACGUGAAGUUGGUUAUUUCCACCGGGAUUUCGUCGGUUUUCCUGUUUCUCGGCUCCGUUAUAUACCAGCUGGCUAUUUUCACCGGGACAACGGCCGUUUUCGCGGAGGAUUCGGUUAUCCAGUUUAUUUCAAAAAGCCUUUCGAUUGUGGAAACUUUUCUGUGAAUAUAUCAAUUGAU